UAAGUUUAUAUUGACCAUUACUAAUAACAAGAAAAUGGCCAGGAGAUUGGAAUGGGGUCAUAACGACAAGCAACUAUUAAAACAAUGCCUAUAUUUAAACAGGUCUGUUCUCCAAACAGUGAAAGUUGUUUUAUUAUUGCUUCCUUAGUUAUAUUUUAUAUUGGACAAAUGUAUAAUACCAAUGGAACCUAAUGUACGGACGUCUCGUGAUCAUGGUGAUAAUGAAGAGUAUUUACUUGCAAAUGUUGUGGCAUUAAGAAAACGACUAAGAAAAACGGAAAGAAAUUUGCAAAACCUGGGAGAAGAACUUGACAGUUCAUAUAAUUUAGAUGUCAGCACUCACGAUGGAGAGCUUGAGAUUUUAAAAAUUGAAGAUCUUGUUGAUCCAAGUGAAAUAAAUAUUUCUUCAACUGAUAAUACUGGGAAUAAAGUGACUGGUCAUAAGAUGGAUUCUUCAUGGAAACUCAGGAACAAAUAUCAUUCUGUAUCUAUUGACAAAAACAUGGAAGAGGAAAAUGAACUACUAAGGGAAAAGCUAACAGUAGUCCGUGAAAAGAAUGCACUGUUGACUUCACAAAAUUAUGAUUUAAUGACGGAAAAUGAAAAUUUAAACUUUGAACUGAACCACUCAAGAGCACAAGUAUCUGUCCUUGAAUCUGGUUUGGGUACACGCUCAGUGAGCAUUCCAGUUUUAGAAGAACAGAUAGCCAGUUUGGAAGCGGAGAUGCAAGCCAAGGACAAUAUUCUGAAAGAUGCAGAAGAUAAAUUACAACAAAGCAGGAAAAUAAUAAUGGAAAAAGAUUGUGCUUUGCAGAAACUAAAAGAGGAAUAUACAGAAAUGAAACUAGAUUUUAUUGAAAGAAACAGACAAGGAAAAAGAACUGAGCAGCAACGAAAUGAAGCUCUGUAUAAUGCUGAGGCGCUCACAAGAACUUUUAAAAUAUACAAAGAAAAGAUAACUGGUCAGCUGGAAAAGGUUCAACUGGAAGAACAAAUUUUAGAAAGAAAUUUAAUGAACUGUGUUAAAGAAAAGGAAAAGCUACAAGCAAAAUGUGAUAGCUAUAAAAGUGAGCUUGAAAACCUGAAAGAACGAGUGAGACAAUUAAUUGAAGAGAAUUGUAAUAGAAAGGAACGCCUAAUGUGUUUUGAAGCAAAAAGUUCUGAAAUGGAAUUGCUUCUGAAUCAUUCCCAGCAGAAGAUCCAGAUGCUUGAAAGUAGACUUCAGGACCAAGACAGAAUACUUGAAGAGAAAAGUGCCCUUCUUAAUGAAAAUGCUGGCUUAAAAGCACUUGUUGCAGAGCAACAGGAUCGCCUUAAGUCAUAUAAUCAAGACAUUGAGAAUUCAAAAAUAGAACUUAAAACCUUAGAAAAUGUUAUUUCCCAAUUGUCUCAGAACUCACCGAAAGAGGUCUCUCAUUCCACAAGUAAUUCUAGUGAACCAUCUUAUGCAAACUGCUGUGAAUCAAAUAGAUUCCUCAUAGAAGAUCUAAGAUUAAAACUGAAAAUGAAAGAAGCAGAGAUUCAGAAACUUCAAGGAGAAGCUAUGGCCACAAAGCUUCAACAAGAGAUCUCUCAAAGAAAUGAUGGACAAAGCUUACAUGGUCUUGAAACUGAACCAGUAAAACUAGGUGGAAACCAAUCCGAGAGUAAAUAUCAACAACUGGAGCUUCUCAGAAAACAAUUUGAAAAAGAGAAGCACAAAUUAAAUCGACAGUUAGAAGAACUACGGAAUAAGCUGGAAAAAUCUGAAGAGGAGAAUUCUGUUUUAAAAGGCAGCAUGGCCCAACGAACUAGUCAGUUUCAAGCAAUACAGGAAGAGCUGUUGGAGAAAGCUGCAAAAUCUACUAGCUUGGAAAAAGAAUUAGCAAGGAAGUCUUCUCAACUUUCUACCCUUGAAAAACAGUUGGAAGAAAAAAGAGUAGCCUAUACAACCGCAGCUGCACAAAAUACCGAGCUGGAACAGGAAUUAGUGGAAGUUAAUUCUAAGCUUCAUAACUUGGAAAGAAACAUCAAUGAGGAACAUGGACAUUUCUCUCAGAUGCUAGAGAAAACAAAGAUAAUCCAUCUUGAGAAACACAAUGAAAUGGAAAACCAGAUUGAAUUACUUCGUUCUCAGCUAGAAAGUAAAAAGGAGCAGUUCCUGGAGCAAGAGAACACAUUGUCUAUUUUGCAGCAAGAUAUUAUAUCUAAGCAACGGCAGAUUGGAUCGCUGGAUCACCUAUUAACAGAAAGCAAAGAGGAAUUGGAGCAACAAAAAGCCAGGAAGGAUGAAGCUUUAAGGACGUUGCAAGGGCAGCUUGCUGAGGAAACAAUCAAGGUAAAACAACUACAGACAGCAUUAGAUAUCUGUAAGGGAGAUCUAGCAUUAUACUUAAACCAUCUAGAGGAAAAUAAAGUGUUAUUUGAAAAGCAGUUGAAGAAAAAGUCUGAAGAGGUGCAGCGGUUGCAGAGAGACAUCAAGAUAAAAAAUGAUAACCUUCAGUCAACCACUGAACAAAACCUUGUUCUGCAGCAGGCACUCCAACAGCAACAGCAAAUGUUGCAUCAGGAAACUCUUAGGAACAGUGAAUUAGAAGACAGUCAAGUAAAGCUCCAAAAGCAGUUAUCCAAAAUAGAACAAGAAUAUCAAAAGCAGAAGGAAAAUUUAGAAGAAGAACUGAGAAAAUCAAAUGAAAAACUCCACGUAGCCUGUGAAGAAGCUGAAAUGAAAAGACAAAAAGUAUUGGAACUGAGUGGCACUAUCAGGCAGAUAAAAUUAGAGAUGGAUCAAUGUAAGGAUGAAUUAAUUGACAUGGAGAAAGAAUUGGUGCACUUAAGACGGGAUGGUCACACUAAAGCAAUGCAGCUGGGAAACGUGGAAAUGGGUUUGGAACAGAAAUCCUCAGAACUGAAUAAAAAGACACAACAAGUGAAAGAGUUAGAAGACAAACUUCUUGCAAGUGAGACGCAGCGAAAAGAAGCUGCACAGAAAAUUGAAACUUUAGAGGAUGACAUGCAAAAUGCCACUAGUGAAUUAAAAACUACUUUGAGACAACUGCAGGAACUGCGGGAUAUGUUUCAGAAUGCUCAGAUGUCGUUGGAGGAGAAAUACGCAGCUAUCCAGGAUUUAACAGAAGAAUUAAGAGAAUGCAAGGAUGAACUUGAGGAGAAAAAACAAGACCUUCUUGAGAUGGACAAGACACUGAAAGAAAGAAACUGGGAUUUGAAACAAAGAGCAGCUCAGGUCACUCAGUUGGAUAUGUCAGUUCGUGAGCACAGGGAAGAACUGGAACAAAAAAUUAUUAAAUUGGAAGGAGCUUUGGAAAAAGCAGAGUUGCAGAUCAAGGACUGUAAUAGACAGAUUGAGAGUUUAGAAAGCCAGCUAGAGCAUUCAAAAGAUGAAGUCAGUGAGAAAGAGUUUAACUUGCUCCAGCAAGAUCAAGAAAUAAGCCGUCUUAAAAAAGAAGCUGAAAGAAAGCAGCAAAAAAUAACAGAUAUGGAAAAAAAGAUGAAAGAACAAGGCAAAUGCAUUGCUGAACAGUACAAAGAAACACUUGAUUUGGGCCAGCAGUUGAGACUAGAACGUGAACAAAUGAAACACAUCCACAUAGAGCUACUGGAGAGCCGCCGUCAACAGGCUCAGGCUCAGAGAGAUGUGGACAGAAUCUCUCUUGAACUGGAAGAAGUAAACCAUCUCUGUCUUGAAAAAGAGAGUCGUGGAAAUCAUUUGGCAGAACAACUGGGAGCAGCUCAGGCACGAGAGACACAAUUAGAAGCAAGAAUGAAAGCUGAAAUUCAGAAGCUUACCACAGAAAUACAAUCUCUAAGGCAAUCUUAUACAUCAGAGAGAGUCUCCAAUGAAGCCCAGAAGACAAAACUGAAAGAAUCCAUAUAUAAAUCACAGCAUGUUCAUGAACAACUGCAGCAGCUGAAGUUGGAACUUGAUGAAGCUCAAGCGACCGUCUAUAAUCUACAGCAACAGCUUCAAUCCAAAAAUGAAAUGAUUCAAGCAGCAAAUGAAGCUCUCCUUUUCAAAGAAUCAGAAGUAACACGACUAAAAACUAGAGUUGCAAGUGUUGGCAAAAGGGAAUCCAUGAAGCACUUAUCCGUCCCUCAAAAUGUAUCUACUCAGCAAUGGCUUGAUGAUCCAGAACUGGACUUCGCCAAGCAUUCUCAGAUUUCUUUCUCUACUCAAAGAAACUUGCGUCGCUCCACAAGCAUCAGUGAUCCAAGCUUCAAAAACAGCGGGAACGUGUUAGAUCGGAAGCAGAUGACAUUGGACUCUUCUGCCACUUCUGGGAAGUCAAAAGACAUAACUCAUGCUUCACCAAAUGGUCUGAAUGAAUCAUCUUUUGAUCCUUUGACACAUAUAGUAGAUGGAGAUGUGUCUGGUGACAGUAAUGACUUCCAGACUCUUAGUGGGAUGCUAAAAUAUAUCAACAAAGAGAUGAAGACUUCUGAAAUCAAGAAUGAAGAUUAUGAAGAACCAGCAUGCUAACUAGCAGCUGUGUCAGCGGAAUUAUUGGAAUUGUGGUCAAGAAGAUAUUUUAUAGAAACUGUACAAGUUCAGAGAUUUAUGUCUCCUAAGCCCCUUCUAAUUUUCUCAAUUGAAUUUUUAUAAUUAUUACCUUAAAGGUAAUUGUACAGGAAUAUAGUUGCUUUAGAAGAUACCUUGAGUUUUUAAUUUAUUUUUCUAAUAUUUUGUUUUUUUUCAAUCAAACAUAUUAUUCACUUAAUAAACAAACAAUGCAAAUUA